AUGUGGCAUUUAGUCGCUUUUAGAGGAAAAUUUUAUGCAUCUUUGCCAGGGGAAGUUCUGGUUAUCGAUCCUUAUUCUUUGGACGUGACUCUCACGAUUCCGUCGUCGCUGCCUCUGGAGAUAGUAAGCUGUCUUGUCCCAUCUGGAAAUGAUGAACUUUUCCAGGUUAAAGUAAUUGCCUCUCCUACUGGUGAAGUUUAUCUUGGUCAGGCAAUAUUAAGAGUGAGUAAGCUAGAUGAGGAGGCUGGUAAAUGGGUCGUGGUCACAGAUAUAGGUGACCGGGUGUUGCUUAUUCAUGGAGAGAUUGAAAAUGUAUUCUUCUCGGCUAAAGAGCUUCCUGAUGGUUGUGGUUUGAGCAGGAACUCAAUUUUGAUCACUGAUGAGCCACGUGGUGAAUCUUUCUUGUAUAAAUAUGGAGUAGAUACAGGAAACGCAGAAGACGACCUCAGUUUUUGGAGAUCCUCAAGAGAUACUUGUGUGAGGAACAUCAGCAGCUCUCCGAUGGCCUAUCAUCUCAGGGUUGAGCAAAAUCUAACUUUGGAGACCUGA